UUGCAAAAUUGCAAGUUGCCGUUAAUCACCACUAAUCUCAAGUAAAACUAAUUAAAAAUCCCGUGAAAAAAGCAUAAAUUCUAAAUUACUUGUACAAUCAAACCAAUAGUGCCUCAAAGACCAAGAUAUUACAGCAGUACUAGUUGUAGACUUGGAGUAGUAGUAUCAUACUCCUUCAACUCAGCACUUUGGCAACAUCCAAUUCCUCUCAAAUCUCCACAUUUCACCCCCCUUUCUCUCUCCUCUUCUCCCGGAAGAGAGAGAAAAAAGUGUCCAUUUUUUUUCUGGGGAAUCUCAACUCAACUCCCUUCCCACACUCUCCUUCUCUUUCACUUUACAACAAAUUUACCAGAUUUCUCAUUCAUUUUCAAUUUACGCCAUUAAUGGAGUUUCUUCCGAUCUGAUUUUCGCCAUUAAUGGCGGCGGGAAGGUGGUGAAUGAAAGCGUAAACCACGUUUCUGCAAAUUUUCCCAACUUUUUUUUUUUUCUGUCUCUUCAAAAUCCCAACAACUUCGAUGUGACUAAUCCUUUGUAAAAAAAAAAAAAAAAAAAAAUUAAAUCUUAUCCAACUUUUUUCUUUCCUUCUUAGUACAGUUGCAUUUUAAUUCGAAAAGGGUUGGAUUAUUUUUUUCUGUCCGCCAUUGUUGUGAGUUUGCUCCAAAAAAAUUACCCAGAUGUUGACUUGUAUAGCGUGUACAAAGCAUUUAAAUGGCGGAUCUCUUGCUCCUCAACAACAAGACGAAGACGAUGAUGUUGUCGCAACACCCAGUAAAAAGCAACCCAUUAAAACCCUCACUACUCAAAUUAAGGGGAUGGCAUUGAAGGCAUCAGGGGCGUACAAGAACUGUAAGCCAUGUGCAGGAAGUAGGAGAGAGAAUAAUAGGAAGAGUUAUGAGGAAUCAAUUGGUGGGUCUGUUUCUUCAGGGAGAUUUCAUUGUGGGUAUCAAAGGGGGGAAUCAACGGUGAAGAAUUGGGGGAAGGAAUUGGGAGGGAGGGUUAAGGGAGUAGGGAUGGGAAUGGGGCUUUCGAGUGGCGAGGUGACGCCGGUUUCGAUUAGUGGGAGGUCGGAAUCAGUGGUGUUUAUGGAGGAGGAUGAGCCUAAGGAGUGGGUUGCUCAAGUGGAGCCUGGUGUUCUUAUUACUUUUGUUUCUAUGCCUCAAGGUGGUAAUGAUCUCAAGCGAAUUCGGUUUAGCCGUGAGCUUUUUAACAAGUGGCAAGCUCAAAGAUGGUGGGCAGAGAACUAUGACAAGGUGAUGGAACUAUAUAAUGUUCAAAAAUUCAAUCAACAAGCUGUACCCUCAGCAACCCCCUCCAGGUCUGAAGAUGAGAGCUCCAAGAUUGGAUCUGCACAGGGCAGUCCGGCAACACCACCUUUGAGCAAAGAACGUUUGCCUCGGAACUUCCACCGUCCAACAGGACUGGCAUAUUCCUCUACAGAUUCACUUGAUCAGCAUGGAGCUCGCCAAUACUAUGAGUCAUAUGGACUUGCUUCAACUCCUAAACUAUCUAACAUUAGUGCUUCAAAAACAGAGACAUCAUCAGUUGAUGCUUCUGCUAGGAGUAGCUUAUCAAGAGAGGUAGAUCACUCGGGUGAACUUUCUGUCAGCAAUGCCAGUGAUGUUGAGACUGAAUGGGUUGAGCAGGAUGAACCAGGUGUCUAUAUCACUAUCAGAGCAUUGCCUAAUGGCUCUCGGGAGCUUCGACGUGUUAGAUUCAGUCGCGAGAGAUUUGGUGAAAUGCAUGCCAGAGUGUGGUGGGAAGAGAACAAGGCCAGGAUCCAGGAACAAUACUUGUGAUCUCGGCUGACACCUAACUUGCUGAGUCCCUGUAAGAGACUUAUUUUUCCGUAUCUUCCAGUAACUGUACAAGGGUUUAGCUAACAAAGCAGAAUGACCAUGAUGGCGAAUAUUGAACACACAUACAACAAAAGUUUUCAGUUUUACCUUCAGUUUAUAUAUAGAUUUCUAAAUAUAGAAUUUUCCAUGUAGUUAAAGUUUGGUUGGAGCAUUAGGUAGGAAGAUGUUCAUGAACUGAGCUCGGUGAUACUUACAAAAAAAUAUUUUGGUAUGAAGUGACUUGUAAAAACCUGAAGUAGAUUCACAGAAACUACUACUACUUGUACUAAGAAAAAAUGGCUGAAUAGUCUUCCCAUACUUAGUGUACGUCGUUCCUUAGUCAUCAUCAUGUAAUUAUUCUCCUUGUUUCGGCUUAAAAAUUCGUUCCAAACUACUAGCUUGUUUCUAAACUUUAAACAAGCUUUGAUGUUCAUCUUAA